ACAGGCUCUGCGUGCUUCUGCACUAGUUGUAAGAAACCCCGAACUACGUGUGCGGUAACAGACAUGCAUGAUUUCAAACAUGCAUUUUUAGUCUUUUCGUCCUUUCGCGCGUGCCGUAGACCAGGAAGUAGCGUGCGAUGCACAACCAAAAACUCAAACAAAUCCAGGCUGAUUUUGUUGUUGUUGUUUUUUUUUUUUUUUUUUUUUUUUUGGGGUCCAUAAAGACAAGCGAGGCGGAAUGGACAACCCCAAUAUAAAGUCCUCUGUCAACGACUCCCGCUGUGUAUUUUUUAACACGCAUUCAGAGGACUAUCGCUGCGUGGUGAUAUUAACAGUGAAAAGAGCCACGGGAACAUUCUCAUUGGUGGGAUGCAUGUUCAUGCUCUUUGUGAUUUGGCUGCUUCGCCGCUACCACUCGUUGGCGCAGAAGAUGAUUCUCAGCCUGUCUGUUGCCGCCUUCUUUGACAGCCUAGCGUAUGUCAUGGGUGAAUCCCACCCUGAGGGAUCGCUCUGUGACUUCCAAGCCUGGUGGCUAACAUACUUUGACUGGAGCGCCUUGGCCUGGGUUUGCCUCAUCACGCUGAACCUGUACUUGAACCUGGUCAGGGAGAUGAGCACUCACACGUACGAAACGUUCUACCAUCUGAUAGCGUGGGGGUUGCCCCUGCUCAUGUCCUCCUUGCCGCUGCUCAAAGGGUACUACGGCCCAGCAGGAGCCUGGUGCUGGAUCACAGACGAUCACGUAGCCUGGAGAUUUGGGAUAUGGUAUGUGCCUCUGUUCACACUCAUCCUGCUGAUGAUCUGCUGCUACGCCAGGAUCAUCUGCGUGGCCAAUAACCGGAUGCAGUCGUGGCUGGGAACAUUCAACCCGGAGCGAGAGAGACGAAAGGUUUCGCUGGCCGAGGAGAUCAAGCCGCUCAAGUGGUAUCCGUCUGUUUACCUGCUGGUGUCCAUCUUCCCGCUCAUCAACAGGCUCCAUAACGCCCUCUACCCGCUGGCUCCGUCCUUCUCCCUCACCCUGUUGCACGUGCUCUCCGCGCCGCUGCACGGCUUGGCCAACGCCUUCGUCUUCGGGCUGGAUCGGGAAUGGCGGAGCCUGCUGAGUCCCACCGGUAUGCGGCUCGCUCUGCAGUCGCGGCUGUGCGACGGGACGCGGAUCGGCGAGUACCACGCCGGGACCGUGCGCUACACCCAAGCCGACUUGGCCGACCUGAGCGACGACGACGACGACGACGACGACACGCUCUUCUACGCUCCUAACAUGACCCUGAAAGAGCGAGGGCCCUGAGGGAGACAAAGACGGCGAGGACGGGCGGGAGGAGGACGCGGCUUCCUGACAAAGAGAAAUGCGCUGGAUUAGAAAGCGAGCGGGAGGCAAAGGAGGUUGGCAGGGAAUGGAAGGCAAGAUUGGGGGGAAAGUCAGGCAGAUAGAAGCCGGAGAUGAGCUGUCAGGUUCCAUUAUUAAUCCCCAUCCUUUACUAUUUAAUAUCCUAAAGACGCGCGCGCGCACACACAUACUGAGCAGAGCCGCCUGCAAUACCACAAGCUCGGGACAAAAAAAAAAAAAAAAAAAGGAUCCUUGCAUUGCGGUGUUAAAAAGGCUUCCGCUGCAUCCCUGAGGUCUUAAAACAUUCCUCAUCACUGCCCCCAGGACUCCCUCGAUCCGCACUUUUGGCACAGCACCAAGAUGGAGGGGGGAGGGGGGAACGCUGAAAGGCAAUCAUAACAAGUCGCAAUUACCUUUUCACCUCUCUGCAGGAGACGAGGUGGAAAAGCAGGCCUUUUUCAAGCGGCGGCGCGUGCCGCUCGCUGGCGCUCGCAUAAUUGCCGUAUUCUGCAGCACCACCACUUCCCUCGCUUAUUUAUACACGAGCCGCCGCUCAGCGGGAAGCCAACAUUCGCCUUUCCUGCCUUGGGCAGGAUUUGUUUCUGCCUUCUGACACCCAAAACACGCAUGUCCAUUCAUCAUUAGUUUUUUUUUGAAUGCGAUAUUGUUUUGUAGCUACAGAUGAGCAUUGGACUCAAAUUCUCGUUUCUAAAAGAACGGGGAAAAACUUACCGAACAAUUAGUCGAUUUUGGGGAGCAUCGCUGAAUGCGCUGAACUCUGCUUGAGAGGGAAUAAGCAGCGCCUCCGCUGGUUGCGGCCAAGUAGCGCACUUCAUUUUCUCAAGCGGAGUAAAGAAAGGGGGGAGGGGGGGAAAAAAAACACCCCGCACCACAGGAGAUGUCCCCCAAUCAGCCCUUUGCUAGAUUGUCUCCCACGUGGGUGGCGGAAAUGCUCCAAUUCAUCCCAAUUGUCAGUUUGCGUGUUCCCCACUGUAGCAACAAGCGCUCGAUUGUUAGCGGAACGGCGGCUAACGUUUCCACGAGGCUUCUAAUUUCGACGAAGCCUCGUGCCGACGCUGGAUAUUGACAUCAGCGUAAUUCAAAGGAUAAUGGCGAAUUUAGCCAGCAGCGCGCUUCUGUCAGACUCGGCUCGACCAAAUUGGACCUUUAUUGACGACGAUUGGCGGAAAACAGGACGGUCGUUAGCCGAGCUUGUCAGCAGAUCCCGAUGAACAUCCGGACAUUACGACACAGAAAAGACUUCAUCAAGUGGGCGUGUGUGUUUUUCCCCUUUUGUUUACUUGAACACAUAAAAAUGGUUCGAUGUCCACUGAUGCUCCAAAUGUCUUUUUUUUUUGUUUUUUUUUUUUCCCAUCCCAAAACCGACUACAAAAAAGACUUUUGUUUCCAUCUGCCCUGCAAUGGCUCAGAACACAAGCCACAGUUUCAUUCGUAUCACAUUCCUCUUUGGCGUAUGUGUGACACUUGUUGGGAUCUCAAAGUGCUCCAAAAAUCCUGCUGCUUCUUUCAAUUUUGACAUGAAAUUAUGUAAAAUGAUGUAGAUUCAUUGCCAUUGAGGAGACAGUUAAGAGUUUUCGGAAUGCAAGCUGAUUGUUUCGUUGAACGUUUUUCGAUGGCACGUAUACAUUUGCAGUAUCGGGAAAAGCCACAAGGAAGUCUGACAUUGGUUUCAUCCAUUUGACGCAGCUGUUUGUUUAUGAGUCAUUUGGGCUACACCGCUUGAAGCCAAUUUCACUCAGCAAAAUCAAAUCAAAAAGUCAAGUCUGUUAUGAGAAGAAGCACCCAAACGUCGGCCAUUCCGGUCGGAUUUGAGGCCUUUUAGUGUCAUUUGGACUAUUUCCGUGGGCGCUUCAAAAAUGGACUCAUCCUGGAGAUUUUGGCCCCUUGCUACCAAAUUCAUUCAUCGUCAUUUUUAGGACGAUGGUUAACUACGGUUUAUUGCGAACCAUUUUAGUGUUCGUCAUUGCGUGUGGGCGGAGCAAGCAGCCACGUUUAAUGACUCGCCGCAAAACACAAAAUUCAAAUCAUUCCCCCCAACCCCUAAAGCAGGUUUUUCACUUAAGAUGAUGAAGUUCGCUCGUCGCGUCUAUCGUGAGUCGACCCUCCCAAAAAGUCUCACGAACCGAUGCCCCAAAACACACGGGAAGUCCGCCAUUUCGAUUUGAAGUGGCCAUUCGAGGCGCAUUUCCAAUUUUCCAAGGCUCCUUAAAUCAUUUCUUCAAAAAUGUUGUUUUGUAUGUUUUAUAUAAAAACUUGACUGCUCUUUGUUGAACUGUAUUUAUAACAAUGUCGUAUCAUCAAAUGGACAUUCUAUUUUUGUAUGUGCCUGCGAAGAAAACGGUCCGCGUGCUGCUCGGCCUUACGAACGACUAAAAAAGACCACAAACAGCCUGUUUUUUUUUUUCCGCCUGUGUGUCCGCCGGUGUCCAGAGGAAAAGGUAAAUGACGGCACGUGGCGAGCGCUGCCUAGCAACAGCCUCUGCUAGUCCAUCAUCUCACGGGCCGUGUCAGCGACGGCCAGCUGUGAUUGGCGGCAUAAUCAUUUAAAUUUGGCCUCCAUUUUGUUGUUGUUGUUUUUUUUGGGGGGGGGAGACGGCGUGAAGUGAGCGCUGUCACUCGCCUCUUCCUGACCAGUUGAACUCAUGACCCGACACUUGACCCCUUUUCACCCCCUCGAGCUGUUGAACUUUCCCGCCGGGUGUCAGUGACACCGCCGCGCGACUGAGUUUGCACUUUAACGCAGUGUGGCCACCAUCUUAGACCAACACAAACACACACUGACUCACAUCCUCUCUUUUUUUUUUUGUGAGGGGGGGGUGGGGGUGGGGGGGGCCGUCGCUGGCUUGACUUGACUUGCACUCCAUCAAACGAGCAGCAGAGACGUUUCAUAACAAAGCUGCGCCUCGGUGUGUUUAUUUCAUUUGCACGCCGCCAUCCCUCAACGCCGUCAGCUUUGCAAAGUGUGCCAACGAAAAUUGAAUAUAUUUUAUAUUGCGAGCACACCGGUACCUUGACUUCAGGAUUUUAGUCACUUUCAAUUUCCCAAAUCCAAAUGAAUUGAAAUGCCACUAACCUGUUCCAGUGCCCCAAUUUUUGUAUUUAUUUUUUUUUGGGUGGUGCUUUAUUAUUAAUCAAACAAAAUAGCACUGGAUUGAAAGUAUAAUUGAGCCGAAAGUCACAUGCACGCACACACACUGAAGUAUUUGUUUGUUGACGUGUGCCUUUAAGGGGUGUGGCCUAGUGAGUGAUGGCAGGAUCUCUGACUCCACCUCCAGUUGGCCGUCGACCACACGGUUUUGUUCAGUGUUAGCAUCUUUUCCAUGCUCCUUGCGAGCGUUUUCAUUUUUGAUUUGUGUUUGACUGUUUGUCCCUUUCAAUAAAAUGCUAAAAGUGA